AGAGCAGUUAACAAUAAGUCAUGGCUCAGUCAAUAGAAAAAUGGAUUGGAAAAGUAGCUGUUGUGACUGGUGCUAGCUCGGGAAUUGGAGCUAAAAUUGCAGAAAUUCUAGUGAAGAAUGGAAUGUUGGUGGUAGGAAUAGCAAGAAGAGAUGAAUUGAUCGAAAACCUUUCGAAACAACUUAAUAACGAAGCAGGAAAGCUUUUUGCAAUGAAAGUUGAUGUAACCAUCGAUGAAGAGCUGAUUGGAGCUUUUCAUGGAAUCGAAGAGAAGUAUGGUGCGAUUCACGUCCUCGUUAAUAAUUCUGGAAUUUUUCCUCAAGGUCCAUUAUUGGGAGGUGAUAUUGCAUUAUGGAGGAAGGUCAUGGACACGAACUUAUUAGCCUGUUGUAUUUCUACAAGAGAGGCUAUAAGAAUAAUGACAGAAAAUGAGGUCAAUGGUCAAAUUAUCAAUAUCAAUAGUGUGGCAGGCCAUUAUGUGCCAGAUUUUCCAAAUCUGAAUUUGUAUCCAGCGAGCAAGCAUGGUGUUACAACAAUAACUGAAACUUUCCGGCGAGAACUGAUAGACGCUGGGAGCAAGAUUAAAGUAACUAGUAUAAGCCCAGGAUUUGUUCUAACUGAAGGAGUAAAACAUACUUUCAAUGUUCUUGAAAUCGAAAGUAUUUUACAGCCUGAAGACAUAGCACAAGCUGUUAUUUAUGUCCUAUCUACACCAGAGAGAGUAAAUGUAAACGAAAUCAUUAUCAAGCCCGUUGGUCAACGUAUAUGAAGAAGUAGGAUGACAACUGAGUUUAAAACUGAAGCUUCACACUUAUAUCUGUAGAUAGUUCUGAGGAUAAACUUCGUUACAGCACUGUUAUAAUUAUUUUCCUUUUUGAUCGAUUGCAAACACGAUUCACAUUUUUGUAGUUAUCGAUACAGUGUGUAGAAAAAAUAAAUGUCUGAAACAUU